AUGGCGAGGGUGCACUCUGCCCCGACGAUGAAGACGACGGCACGGUUGCACGGGAGCGAGCAGCGGGAGGUGUUCACCAUCUGGAUGAAGUCGCUGGUGCUCAACGGCAGCGGCUGCACCGUCUACGACUCCGCCGGUUGCAUCGUCUACCGCGUCGACAACUACAGCGCCCGCCGCACCGCCGACGUCUGCCUCAUGGACCUCUCCGGUACCGUCGUCCUCCAAAUACUCAAGAAGAAGCUUGGAUUCGGGAGGAAAUGGGAGGGGUACAAGUGCGAGCAGGAGAAGGAGCGGCAGCGCGCAGCGCGGCGGCGUCCGUGGUUCAACGUGGUCAGGGCGUGGCGCGGCACAUCGUGCAGCUGCGAGCUCAGGGGCGACGCCGGCCACGCCGUACCCGUGCGGUACAGGAUGGAAGGGAGGAUCGCGCCCGCGCGCGCCGCCAGGAUCGUGGACGGCGCCACGGGGCUGGCCGUGGCCGAGGUGAAGAGGAAGACGACGCCCGCGGGGGUGGCGCUGGGCGCUGACGUGCUCACCCUGGCGGUGGAGCCCGGCGUGGACCGCUCCGUCAUCAUGGGGCUCGUGCUCGUGCAUGGCCUCAUCAACCGAGCCAUGUGAGGGUCAGAUCAGUAGCUGCGCAGGAGACGGCUCCUGGUUUUGU